AUGAGCAAAAACAUGUCGUUUGGAAAGAUCACAAACAAGACCAUCAAGGAGCAACGAGAGUCCCUCCCGGUAUUCAAACUACGAAGUUCGUUGAUCAAGGCUGUGCAGGGCAACCAACUACUGAUUGUGGUUGGUGAUACUGGUUCCGGGAAGACUACUCAGAUGACACAGUUCCUCGCGGAGGCAGGGUUCGCAGAUAAUGGGAUGAUCGGGUGCACCCAGCCUAGACGUGUUGCUGCCAUGUCCGUUGCAAAGCGUGUGGCUGAGGAGGUGGGAUGUAGAGUUGGUCAGGAGGUUGGGUACACCAUUCGUUUUGAGGAUUGCACCGGUCCGGAGACGAAGAUCAAGUACAUGACGGACGGUAUGCUUCAGCGCGAAGUAUUACUCGAUCCAGAUCUCAGGCGAUAUUCGGUCAUCAUCCUUGACGAGGCACACGAGAGGACAAUUGCUACGGAUGUUCUUUUUGGUCUCUUGAAGAAGACGCUCAAGAGAAGGGCGGAUCUCAAGUUGAUUGUCACAUCGGCUACGUUGGAUGCGGAAAAGUUUUCAAACUACUUUAACCAGUGUCCCAUCUUCACCAUUCCCGGCCGAACGUAUCCAGUAGAGAUUCUUUAUACCAAGGAGCCAGAAAGCGAUUAUCUUGAUGCAGCCCUGAUCACUGUUAUGCAAAUCCACUUGAGCGAGCCACCGGGAGACAUCCUGCUCUUCUUGACAGGUCAGGAGGAAAUCGACACGAGUUGCGAGAUUCUCUACGAACGUAUGAAAGCUCUAGGGCCUAGCGUCCCGGAGCUGAUUAUCCUCCCCGUCUACUCUGCCCUCCCUAGUGAGAUGCAAAGCAAGAUUUUCGAGCCUGCCCCACCGGGAUGUCGGAAAGUGGUUAUCGCAACAAACAUUGCCGAAACCUCCAUCACCAUUGACCAAAUCUACUACGUCAUCGACCCCGGCUUCGUCAAGCAAAACGCCUUUGACCCAAAACUAGGAAUGGAUUCUCUGGUCGUCACACCAAUCUCACAAGCCCAGGCAAAACAAAGGGCCGGUCGUGCCGGUCGAACGGGGCCCGGAAAAUGUUACCGUCUAUACACCGAAGCUGCGUUCCAAUCUGAAAUGCUCCCGACCUCUAUCCCUGAAAUCCAACGUCAAAACUUGAGCCAUACAAUUCUGAUGUUGAAAGCAAUGGGAAUCAACGAUCUCUUACACUUUGACUUCAUGGAUCCGCCACCCACAAACACUAUGUUGACAGCUCUCGAAGAGCUCUACGCCUUAUCGGCACUAGACGACGAAGGCUUACUAACCCGCCUCGGCCGCAAAAUGGCAGACUUCCCCAUGGAACCUGCGUUAGCCAAAGUCCUGAUAGCAAGCGUGGACAUUGGCUGCUCUGACGAAAUUCUCAGCAUCGUAGCCAUGCUCUCUGUGCAAACAGUCUUCUACCGCCCAAAGGAGAAGCAAAACCAAGCCGACCAGAAGAAGGCCAAAUUCCACGACCCACACGGCGACCACCUGACCUUACUGAACGUUUAUAACGCAUGGAAAAAUUCGGCCUUUUCGAAUCCCUGGUGCUUCGACAACUUUAUCCAGGCGCGGAGCAUGAAGCGUGCGAAGGACGUGCGCGCGCAGCUGGAAAUGAUUAUGAGUCGGUAUAAUCACAGAGUCGUCUCGUGUGGUCGGGACACGAUGAGGGUUAGGCAGGCAUUGUGUUCUGGCUUCUUUAGGAACUCUGCAAGGAAGGAUCCACAGGAGGGGUACAAGACGCUGAUCGAGGGCACACCGGUGUACAUGCAUCCCUCCAGCGCGCUUUUUGGCAAACCGGCCGAGCACUAUAUGCAUUGCACCACCGCCAUCGAGCCCAAGUGGCUUGUCGAUUGCGCCCCCAGCUUCUUCAAAGUCGGCGGCGGCAAAGGCGAACUCAGCAAGCGGAGGAGGAAUGAGCGGAUCCAACCGCUGUUCAAUAGGUUCGGUGACGGUGACGACAGUUGGCGGUUAUCGGCGCAGAAGAGGCAGGGGAGGGGUGGUGGGGGUGGUACUUGGGGUUAA